GGGGGGGUACCAUGGUAACGGGAUACAUUCCAAAAGUACAGCAUUAUCAUGUUUUUGAACACAUGAAGCAAAUUCGGAGACAAAGAAGUUCAGCAAAGGAGGAUAUGAUGAACUUCAAUUGUGAAAAAAGUUUUUUGGAUGGCAUAAUAUGCGAGGAGGUGAAGAGAUACAUCACCAAUCGCGAGACGAUUAUGAAGUCCUGGGUCAUGGAAUGGACUGAGAAAGGUCAGCAGUACAAUAGGGAAGACAUGGAGCACCUGAGAGAGGAGAUGGAAAUCCUGAAGAAGAAGGCCGUCCUGCCUCAUAGACAAGACUGGAGGACCGGACUAGAGAAAGUCUGGGUGAGCGAGGAGAAGGAGGAGUGUGUAAGAGAGAGGAGAAAGAUGGCUGAUCGAGAGAACGAGAGAAAGAGAGAGAUGGACAACGAGAGAGAGCGGAUGACGAUGCGUGUCGAGGACCUGGAGAGGCUGGUCAGAGAGCUGGAGAGGAGGCUGCGGGAGAGACAUGCGUCGGAAUAUGUGUCGGGGCAUGGCCAGGAGGACCGACUGCGACAGAUGGAGGCGAUGUUCUUACGGAAGCUGGAGAAACUGGAGCAGACGCUGGACACAAGGGUCAUAAUCACCAAAGAGGAAAAUAAUACAUAUAUGAUGGAGGCGUGGGCUAAGAAUGCUUCUGGUGAGGGGCACAAUGAUGAGAAGCUCCCACCAACCAAACCACCGGUGGUGGGGAAGGGAGAAUCUGCUGAAAUAAUGGCGCGCCUGCAAGAAACUGAAAGAGCCAUUAAGGAGAUGGAUGUUCGGAUAAUGGAGAAAGACAAGAUACUUAAGGAUAAGGAAAUUCAGAUGAUGAGGAAAGACCAGAUUCUGAGGGAUAUGGAACUUCAGAUGAAGAAGAAAGACCAGAUUCUCAAGGAUAUGGCAUUUCAGAUGAAGGAGAAAGAUGAGCUACUGCAACAUCAAGGGGCAGAGUACAGAUCCAAGUUGGAGAUGAUUGAGCAGCAAGUUAGGGAGUUGACCGCUGCGAAUUCCACACGAAACAAACAGUGGUGCAGCUCGGUGGCCAGCCUGAGGACCAACGUGGAUGAUGAGACCACUGAUGAGGAGCGCCAGUCAUGGACGAGCACCGGAAUGGGCAGCAGUUGCUCUAAAAGGAGAAAUGGGACGAGCAGGAAGGUGGCGGCUCGGAGGAGUGCCAAGACCAGGAGCCCUCGAGAGAGCGACACGGAGAGGAUGAGGAGCAGGGGGAGUCAACAGUGCGACACGUCGGCAGACAGCGACAUCAGUAGCAUUGCCAGCGCCGAGCCAAGGAGCUUGGCUGAGAAGAGUAUGGCAGCCAGUGAGCGUGUCAGUGAGCGCUUGGCCGACAGCAGGCCGCAGACACGCACCAGCCUGGACAAGACCUCUGCGGGCUCCGCCGCGUCCCUGGCUAAAGUCGCUCUCGGAGCUGAUGCGGGUCAAGGAGAGAAGGGGAAGUCUUGGAAGCGUGCCUUUGGCGGCUUGUUUAAAAAGAAAACAAAAAAGUAAAGCAAACAUUGGAAGAAUUGGUUUUUUUUUGUGGCUUGUAUGAGCUUUCUAAAGCUUCAUUAAAAUGUUCACCUUCACAGUAUUGGAGUGGGAAUAACAUUUAUUUAAAACAAAUAAAAAGUAACUAAAACUCUCCAUGUGGUGGUGUUUUCCUCUAUUGUUGUACUGACUCAUCCACUCAGCAAUAGGGCAAGGAGGACCAAGAGAAAAAAACAAAACAAAACAAAAACAUGUGAUUGCUACCAGCAAUUUACCAGAGAGAGAAAAUCACAAGUGCAUUCAUGAGCUACGAGCAAAAAAAAAAAAAAAGUUUUUCCUUUCAGCCAGACCUUAAGUAAGAAUAAACCUAUCCUUGCCUUCAAUAAAAUAUAGCACUGCCACCUCUCUCCCCUGCCCAGGGAACAGAUUGUGGGAUGAAGCCCCCUUCAGUAUUAAUAUUCUUCUGUGCAGCCACUCAACAAAUAAUGUGAAUGGGGCGGCUGUCUGCUGCCCUAUUAGGCUAUCUCUGCAUCCCUC